AUGGAGGAGAGCGGCUGUGAAGAUGCGCAAAAUAUAUAUUAUAUUAUCGUUCCUGACGUUCCGGGACACUGGGACAUCGUUCCUGACCUUCCGGGACACUGGGACAUCGUUCCUGACCUUCCGGGACACCGGGGCAUCGUUCCUGACCUUCCGGGACACUGGGACAUUGAUCCUGACCUUCCGGGACACCGGGGCAUCGAUCCUGACCUUCCGGGACACUGGGACAUCGUUCCUGACCUUCCGGGACACCGGGGCAUCGAUCCUGACCUUCCGGGACACCGGGGCAUCGUUCCUGACCUUCCGGGACACUGGGACAUCGUUCCUGACCUUCCGGGACACCGGGGCAUUGAUCCUGACCUUCCGGGACACCGGGACAUUGAUCCUGACCUUCCGGGACACCGGGGCAUCGUUCCUGACCUUCCGGGUCACCGGGGCAUCGUUCCUGACCUUUUGGGACACCGGGGCAUCGAUCCUGACCUUCCGGGACACCGGGGCAUCGUUCCUGACCUUCCGGGACACCGGGGCAUCGUUCCUGACCUUCCGGGACACCGGGGCAUCGAUCCUGACCUUCCGGGACACCGGGGCAUCGUUCCUGACCUUCCGGGACACCGGGGCAUCGUUCCUGACCUUCCGGGACACCGGGACAUUGAUCCUGACCUUCUGGGACACCGGGACAUGAUCCUGACCUUCCGGGACACCGGGACAUGA